GGGUUUGGCUGCUGCUGUGCAGAACACCAUUGACAACCCAAUACCUAACGAACUCUCUGAAGAUGAUUACCAACUUGAGGUGACACAAAUCCAUAAGGUACUUACUUACGAAUUAUAGUGACUACAAGUUUAAAUGAUACAGUGUGUGUAUAAUGUAACAGCUGUCACAAUAAUAGUAUUAGUGUAAAAGUGAUAUGUAUAUGUGGUGCUAUUUUACCUGUGGGUCUUUCUAGAAUUUGGGGUACAUUUCGCGCGAUAAACCUUUUGUUAUUUUCCACAAAAGAAAUCUUUACUGAAUCAGUUUUGAACGAUAAUGCAAAUGAUGACAAACUUUCACCAAUAGCAAUGCUUGAUGUACAUUUUAGACCCAAUUUAUCCAUAAAACGUUAACUAAAUGACUCCCGCCCCUCCCCCACAUUAUCGGCUGUCUUCGAUUACUGAUUCAUCCAUUCAACUCGAAUAAACAUGAAGUGAUUCAGUCUAACAAUCUGUCUUUUGGGGGCUUAUUCUAUUAACUGUUAUCAAAUCAAAUGCAUAGAAAGUCUAUUUUCUGUAUUAUGUGAAAUUUCAGUAAUAAAAAAUUAUAUUUUUUUUAUCUGUCCAAAUGGUUUUGUCAACUCUGUUAUAAAACCACAUAAAAUCCACAAAGACUUUUAAUAAUAAUACACAUGACACCUGCACCGAGAGAUGUCACUUCCUCUGGCGGGAAACUUCAGAAAGGCAGUGAGGACUUUCGGAUGGAGACGUUUGCAGGACCAGUGUUUGCCAGCCUGCGGCGCUCUCUGGGGAUGACAGAGAAAGAGUAUCAGCAAUCUCUCUCCUCUGAAGGAUGCUACCUGCAGUUCAUCAGCAAUUCAAAGAGCAAAGCAGAUUUCUUCCUAACGAAUGAUAAACGGUUCUUCCUGAAGACACAGAGCAGAAGGGAGAUUCGAUUCCUCCUGUCUCAUCUAAAACAUUACAUGGAACAUCUGGAGAAGUACCCCCACUCUCUCCUGGUGAAGUUUUUAGGUGUUCAUAAAAUCAAGUUUGCCCAUCGGAAGAAGUACUUUAUAGUGAUGCAAAGUGUCUUCUAUCCUGAUGAAAGAAUCUGCGCCAGAUACGAUAUCAAGGGCUGUGAAGUGAGCCGGUGGACAGACCCAGCCCCCGAGGGGAGUCAGAUCAUCGUUGUUCUCAAGGAUCGCAAUUUUGAGGGACAGUUUAUCACAUUAGACCAACAGCGUCCCUGGCUGUUAAGUCAGGUGCAAAUCGACACAUCCUUCCUGCAGACACUGAAUGUACUGGACUACAGCCUCCUACUGGCCCAUCAGCCCCUACACAACGACGAGCGCCACCCGAGCCUGUCCUUCGCCACCCUCAUCAUGCGCACCAAGAGGUCAGUAAGCACAUGCUCCCAUGCCGCUGUACCAGGAGUGGUGCCUGAGGAAGACUCAACCAUCCAAGCGACAGAACCGGAUUCAAGGACGUCACAGUGGCAGAUCGCAGAGACGGCUCAGGCAGAGGGAGGAGAGCAGAGCGAGGGGCCCUCUAACGUUGGAUCAGAAUCAGCUGAACUGCUGGAGUUUCAGACCCAGAACCGGCGACUUUUGCCUAACUUCAAAAACCCGAUUCAUGUCAUAGACGGGCCUGAGCAGCGCUAUUUCAUCGGCAUCAUUGACAUCUUCACUGUUUAUGGCUUCAAGAAGAGGCUUGAGAACCUGUGGAAGAGGCUGAGACAUCCUGGGCAAAGUUUCUCCACUGUCAGCCCUCCAGCCUACUGUCUGAGACUGUGCCAGUGGGUACAGGACCAUACCAAGUAGACUGUAAAGGGUGUGUGUGGGUGUGUUGGGGGGACGGAGGAGUCAGUAAUAACUGGAAAAUGAGCAUAUAUGCUGAAAAACAUGCUGUAGAUACUCGCAGAUGGUCAUACUAAAGCAAAAAGAAUGAAUUUUUCCUCUGGUAAAGAAAUGUGUGUUGGCUAGCAUUUAGCCACAAUGCUAACAUACUAAGUGUUUUCGAUAAAAAUAACAGAAAUACAAGCGCUACAAUCCCUUCAUGAAGACACCGGAGUGAUUCUGUCAGUUCAAUGAUAAUAGUCAAGUUGAUACAAAAUUAUAAGUGGACUCGUUCAAUUAGACUAGAUUAGAUUAGAUUUAUUGAGAUAAAAUUACAUGCAAGUAGGACAAUAUAUUAAAUGUACAAUUGAAUUAAAUACAUGAAACUAAACCAAGCAUAGCACAACAAAGUGUAAAACACUUAUUUCCAUUGUGGUCAAUGUUUUUUUAAUUUCAGAAGUUUAAAAAAUAGUUUAAUAGAUGUAAAUUUUCAUUAUAAAAUUCUUUCUAAGUUUUUUUUUUAAGAUUGAAUUUUUAAAAGUAUAAUAGAGCGUUUUUGUGGUUUAAGAGAUAAUAUAGAAAUAUUAAACAACAAAAGUGAUCGUAAAAAUGAAAGUAUUCCUUUUUGUGCUAACAUUGUGGCUAGAUCUGGACAUCUGUUCGGUUAAAAUGAAGUGAAGUGGUCAUUGUAAGAAGUGUCAUGAUAAAUCUUGGCUGUUUUUUUCUCCUCUGAAAUGUUAAACAGCUACAAAACAUGAAAGAGAUGACACAACCAGCUUCAGCAAAGCCAUAUAAAUGAGAAUUUCAUUUCCAGCUGACAUCAGAGAGCCAACACUCACAUCCACAUCCACUUUAGAGUAGCCAGUUGAACUAAUCUGCAUGCCUUUGGACUGUGGGAGGAAACCAAAGCACCCAGAGGAAACCCACACAGACACGAGGAGGCAAACUCCACACAGUCAGCCGCAGGGCUCGAACCCAGAACCUUCUCGCUGUGAGGCAACAGUGCUAACCACUGCACCUCCCAUGCAAAUGAAAAUACUUUUAAAAAUGUAAAUAAAAAGACCUGAUAUGCAGUUCAAUAAAAGAGUAAGCAUUUUCAGUUCUGUUCAGCUUAAUAUGCAACAUACAGUAGAACUGAAGACUUCUCAGAACUUCUUUGCAUUCAUUAGGUCAGUUUGCACACAUGGAUUAAAACAAACACAAGCUCAUGUGACAUGAAUGUUUAUCAAAAUUAGAUUUGAGUCAACGCAAAUGAGUGAGAUAUACUUAACAGUUAUUCCACAAAAUCAAGUCGUACAUGAGCUGAUAGUCGACGAGGCACAUAGCGCCGAGUUGGCUAUAGGACAUGUACGACGAGAUUGAGUGGAAUUACUGUUUUAUUCUAUCCACAUUCACUGGAUUUUGAGAAACAGAGCAUUUUUAUUUUUACAUUUUGCAAAUUCGAUAAAUAAAAACUUUAUA